AGUAUGGCCUCCAUGAGACAUUUUCCACGUGGGUUAGCGUGUAGCAGUGGCAAAAAGCUGGCAAUAUUUGAAUAUAGUGAAAGGGAUGGUGUGACCAAGAAAGAAAUAGAACUACAAGGUUCAUCAGAGAUCAGUUCAGCUGACAUCAAACCUGAGGAUGAAGAUGCAAUUGAGAAGAAAGCGCCUUCCAAAAAUGAGGAGCAUAUCUUGGCUACAAGCAUCUCCCCUUCAGGCCGGUACCUGGCUGUAUGUGACAACGUAAAACAGCUCCAUCUAUAUGACGCCAAGACUGAAUGGACCCGCCACAGCAGAAGAGAACUUCCCCGUCGUUGUACAGCUGUGACCUUUACCAAUGAUGACCUUCACGUUCUUGUCGCAGACAAAACAGGGGAUGUGUACCGAUACAGAGUAGGGAAUGGGGAAACAGAGGAAAACUCGAAGUCUGAAGAGGAUAACAAAGGGGCACAACUCAUGCUUGGUCACCUCUCGAUGUUGCUGGAUGUGGUACUGACCAAAGAUGACCAGUACAUUGUGACCUGUGAUCGAGAUGAGAAGAUUCGGGUCAGCCAUUAUCCAAACUGUUACAACAUCCAUACCUUCUGUCUGGGGCAUAGAGGGUAUGUUACCAGUCUGGUGUAUAUAAAAGAAAGCAAUCUGCUGAUAUCUGGAGGUGAGCAUGGUUACUGGAGAUUGUCUCCCCAUCCAGUCACUAACCAUGAUAAUGGUGUUGUGGCAGCCAUUUGUUACGGGUGCAGUCAAGUGUAUGUGUUCCAGCUAGUUUGUUCUGCGUCAGGGGUUUCACUGACUGGCCCUGUAAUCAUAACAACAGAGAUGGAACCCUGGGAUAUCUGUUUUGAUUUUGACCACCAACUGUGGGUUCUCCAGCCCAAUGAAGACAUCUGUGCCAAGGUGUAUGAAUGGAGCAAGGAUGAUAAUAUGAUGAAGAUCGUAAACACAGGAGACAAGACAUCCAGUGUAGGUCUUCUGCUGGAGGCCAUCAACUCUAACUGGCAAUUCUUCAAAGAGUCUGUAGGAGUAACCACACACUUACCCGAGGGUUUGAAGAAGGUUAAAGUCGACAAUAUGAAAGACUACCUGGAGAAAAAACAAGAACGUGUCAGUGGUGUCAAAAGAAAAACCGACCAAUCAGAAUCUAAAGACUCUAUGGAAAAAUGUUCAAAAAACAGCUGAUAAACACGAACAAAUAAAGGUCAAAAUUUAACACACAGAAAUAGUUGUCAUGAAUUUUGCCUACUGAGGUUCAGUAGAUUGAACAAUACGAAGGAUAGAAUGAAAUGACCACACCUUACAGUGUACAUGGUGUCCAGGCUAGGAUACUGUGACCUAAUUAAUUAGAGGCUGAGUACAGGACAUGAUGUGUUCACACCUGUGACAGUCUUAGUAAUAUACGUCAAUCUGGACAUCUACAGCUGUCAGCUUACAGGUUAUCUUACUAGUGGUAUAAAAAAAGGCUUCACAUGUUGUUAGGAUCUUCAAUAGUCUCUAUAUAUCUAACUGAUACAGGGUAUUAUUUACCUGGUAGAAAAUAAACAUGAAGGUGUCCUGUGUUGUACACAGAAUUUUUAUUCUUCUCUUUGAAAGUUGUGGUUGAAUUAACUGAAGUUUAGCAAGCUGUUACAAAAUCUUUAAUUAACUCUGUUUCAAGCAUGAAGUCUGGCUACAUUAUUGUAAAGACUAUUAUUUUUGACAUGUAAUUUGUUUGCCAUUUUACAAAAAACUUUAAACAGACUUUUAGGGCAUGAAAUGAGCUGUGGUUUUCACUGCUACAGGUUGUUUUAUUUCAAAGUAGUGUCUAUUUUUCGCAGUUUUAUUCCAUUCUUGAAAGUUGCGAAAAAUAAAACAAUUAAAAAUAAUAACCAUUACUUUAUUUUUCUAUUUCAUUCAAAAUUCAAGACAAAUUUCAUAAAAUUUCAUAUGGAAUGAAAACUCAUUUGAAAUCCCAUAUAUAUGAAAUUGAAUUCAUAAUUGAAACUUAACCUAUGAAUAUUGAGCUGCUUUGUUAGCAUAAAGAAACAAGGGUCAAUGUCCUACACAGUAAAAAUGCCAUGUCCCAGACCUGAUCAGCGUAAACCACAAUGUUUUUUCUAAAGAGGUUGCUUUGUUCAAUUAUAAAGAAAAUUCUACGUAGAUUUGUC